AUGACUUUUAAGAGUCUUGGGGUGUGCCCAGAAAUAAUUGAACUUUUACAUGACAAGGGAAUUCUUAUUCCGUCGGAGGUGCAAAGUGCAUGCAUCCCAAUGAUUUUGGCUGGGAAUGAUAUUGUCGCUUGUGCGCAAACGGGCUCUGGGAAGACAGCCACCUUCGUCGUUCCACUAUUGCAAGUGCUUAUGGUUGAACCACGGCCCUUUUAUGCCCUUAUCCUCACACCCACGCGUGAGCUUGCUCAUCAAAUUGGUGAACAGACCGCCGGCCUCAACCUUGUCCAAGGCAGUUCAAUUUGCACUGUUCAGGUUAUCACAGGCGGCCGUAGCAUAGUCCACCAAGGCAUUGACUUGGCGCGGGGUCCACACAUCAUCGUCGCCACUCCCGGACGCCUUGCGGAUCUUCUGCGCACCCAGAAAGCCGCCUCAGAGUCUGGGUCGGCACCCGAGUGGAACUUGUCGCGUCUCAAAGUGCUCGUUCUCGAUGAGGCUGACCGCCUUUUGGAAGACAACUUCGGCAAAGACCUAUCCGAAAUCAUGUCCGCUGUGCCCCGUCAACGUCAGACACUCCUCUUCAGUGCGACCUUUAGCGACGCUGUCAAACGGGCAGUGGAAGCCAGUAAGGCUGUUGCCGCUGCUGAAGGUCGCAAACCGCCUGUCAUGUGGCAGUCGAAAGGCAUCACAGAGUCUUCUAAGCAACUUGCAGCGGGAUCAGCCACCGUUGAUACCUUAUCCCAGUACUACCUCAUCACAAAACCCGAGUUAAAGGAUGCCUUCUUGGUCCACGUGGUCGACCAGUUCCUCACUGAAAACCCUCACUCUCUUGUCAUUGUCUUUUCUAACAAGUGCAAGUGGUGCCAUCUUCUUGGUCUGAUUCUGUCGGCCGUUGGUAUUCAGUCGGCGGUGUUGCAUUCCUCGAUGUCACAGAAUGACCGGGUUGCUGCCCUGACCUCGUUCAAGUCGAGUCAUGUGCGGGUCUUGAUUGCAACUGACUUAGCUAGUCGGGGCCUCGAUUUCCCCACAGUGGAUGCUGUGAUAAACCACAACGUGCCGAUCCGCCCGAAGGACUACGUUCAUCGAGUCGGUAGAACGGCCCGCGCUGGCAAAGCGGGCAUGGCCCUCACUUUCGCCGACCUCUUCGAAAUCAAACGACUGAGAGCCAUCCAGGACUUUAUUGGUUAG